AUGACCACUGCCGGGUCCCCAACGCCGCCGGCCCCGGUCACCUCCGUUGCACCGACAACCGCCGUUUUCACGCCGGAAGAAGUCACCAGCAUCUUGCGGGAUCUCGUGACGGCCGUCCAGGGCAUCCAUCGGUACCUGGCCGGGCCGCCCGCACCUCCGCCGGUUGAGACUACCGCCGCCUACGGCCACCCCGCGCUGCCGUGGCCGUCCCAGGGGGCGCCUGCAUUGGGCGGGCCACCGCUGCCGCCGUUCCAGGAGGGGCACCCCAGCGGGCCGCCUCCGCCGCUGCUGCACCUGCCCUGGUCCUCGGUACCCGCGGCGAUCGCCAGGGCCCAUCCGUCGUUCCAGCCGCCGCCCACCCCAAUGCCGUCCUGGCCGCAGUGGCCCGUGCCGGUUCUCGCGGCGCCAUCCACGCCUUCCGUGCCCGCCCCAGCGCCGCAGUGGCCGCACUGGCCCGCGCCAGCCCCAGCCGCGCCGUCCGCGCCGGUCCAGCUCCCGCCGCCGCCGCCUAGCUCCGGACUGGGCCAGUCCACACCGGGAGACCUCCCGAUCCAGCAGGUCCGAUUUCCGCCGUCACCGGCCCAAAUCCCGGCCUGGCUAACCGGGACGUCGCCACCGCCAGUUUACAUGGAGGCCGGGAACCCACCGGUACCCACGCUGCAGUCUGGGGCCUCGUCCGGCUCCGCGGGGACCUAUGACGGUCUCCCCACCAUUGACCGGGCGCCGUCGUCAUCACUGCUCCGCACCGCCGAGCCGGUCGGCCAUGGCGCGCCGACCCAAACGCCGCCACGGUUCGCCAAGAUCGACUUCGCCACUUAUGACGACACGGAGGACCCGCUUAACUGGCUCAACCAGUGUGAGCAGUUUUUCCGUGGACAGCGCACGCUCGCGUCGGAGCGCACUUGGCUGGCAUCCUACCACCUCCGCGGUGCAGCCCAGACCCGAUACUACGCCCUCGAGCAGGACAAGGGCAGCAUGCCCCCUUGGGAGUGCUUCCGCGAGCUCUGA